CUUUCUCUUUUCUGUCAUUUGCUAAUAUCCUGUUUGGGAAAUCAUGCGUCUCGUAUACACGUAGCGGUCGUAGCGCGUUGUACUUAUUGAUCAUAGUCAUUCGAUUGCAUGGGGAAACAGAUUUUUCGUUAUUUGUUUUAUUUGUACUGAUUCCUGUGUUAUUACGUUGUAAACAAGGAAAGAUACGACAUUAUUGAGAAGGUCGAACCCUCCCUCCUGACAAAAAGAUGAGCAGGACAAGGGAACAAGCUGGUUCGUCUAAGUCAUCAGGAUCUGCAGGUUCUACUGAGGAAAAAGAAAAGGAUGAGAGAAUUUUUGAGUGCAAUAUCUGUUUGGAUACCGCAAAAGAUGCAGUAGUCAGUAUGUGCGGUCAUCUGUUUUGUUGGCCAUGUCUGCAUCAGUGGUUAGAGACCAGACCUACCAGGCAGGUUUGUCCAGUAUGCAAAGCUGCAAUAAGCAAAGAUAAAGUCAUUCCAUUAUAUGGACGUGGUGCAGCAAAGCAUGAAGACCCGAGGAAUAAUGUGCCGCCACGCCCGGCCGGUCAAAGGUCAGAACCAGAAGCCCAUGUCGGUUUUCCCGGCUUUGGUUUUGGUGAUGGUUCCUAUAUGUCGUUCGGCAUUGGCACUUUUCCGUUUGCUUUUUUUACAUCGACUUUUAACUUUGGAGAAACACGACCAAGUGCAGCUCCGAGAGGUACACCACAAUUUGAGGAAGAGCAGUUUUUAUCCAAAGUAUUUUUGUGGUUAGCAGUGAUAUUCAUCUGCUGGCUGUUGAUGGCAUAACAUUAUUUCUAAAUCACACACAUACCAGUCUGCCCAAUAAUUUUUGUUUAAUGAUAUCCUGUCGAUUUAUGAUAAUCGCAACAUUACAUCGGUUUUCAUUAUGUGACUUUUACAAAGCCUCUUUGAAAAAAAAGAAAUGAAAAUACAAAUUUACUUCCGCGUAUUUAAAAAAAGA